GUUUAAAUACGGCGGUCCAUCUAAACAUUGAUCAGUACAACUAUUUCUUUCGGAGAAUACAGAUAUAACGAAAGACAUGCAUCAUCACCAGAAUCUCGGAGACGCGGCUGCCUUGAAUGGAAUGAUACCGCCAUACGAAGCCAUGGCUAUGUACGAGCAGCCCAAGCCCAGAUUCAUCUUCAAGAUGCCCCGCGUGGUGCCUGACCAGAGGUCCAAGUUCGAUAGCGACGAGCUCUUCCGCCGGUUGAGUAGGGAGAGCGAGGUUCGCUACACAGGAUACCGGGAACGUGCAAUGGAGGAGCGCAGGAUGCGGUUUGUCAACGACUGCCGCAAGGGCUAUGCGGAGAUAUCGAUGGUAGCUUCAGGAACUAAUCUGCAACUCUACUUCAACGCCAACCACAAUCCGUACGCCCAGGAGCAGGAGUGCGAUUUCGAGCGGGAGCGGGGCAAAGUCCAUUUGCGUUCCAGUUUCAUUAUGAACGGGGUGUGCGUUCGCUUCCGGGGCUGGGUGGAUCUAGACCGACUGGAUGGCGCUGCCUGCCUGGAGUUCGACGAGCAACGAGCCCAGCAGGAGGAUGCUCAGCUGCAGGAUCAGAUCCAAAGCUACAACCAGCGCAUGGCUGAGUCCAGGAGAAUCUACCACACGCCCCAGACUCCACCCGAGGAUCACCAUCACAGGGGUGGGCCUGGUCUGCCUAGAGGACCAAUGGGAUGGUAGUGCUAUAUAUUACCUCAUAGACUUAAGUAAGAUCUAAGUAAACUCGACAAUAAAUAACUGAAACCAA